AUGGUGCCAAUGCUCAUUUGGUUCAUUUUGAUACUAAUACUGGCAUUAAUUGCUCUUCUGGCAAUCAAAUUUCUGACCUUCCGCAUAAUCCUCGCUGCUCUCUUUUUUUUGCCAAUUAUCCUAACUUUGGCGUAUUACGGUCUCGAUCAACAAACGGUUACGGAAUAUGGAUAUUCGAGCGUCACAAGAAAGAUAUCUCAUGUUUCGGCGCGUGGAUUUCCCUACAAGGGCCAUCCUGAGAACACCAUCAAGGCUUAUGAUCGAGCUUAUCGGUACACAAUUAAUACAUUCUUGAUCGACGUUCGAAUGACCAAGGAUGGAAUGCUUAUUAUUCACAAGGACAGUGCAAUUGUUGAUUCUUAUAACAAUACCUAUGAGAUCGCGGACACCCAUUGGCUUCAAUUGAACAAACUGAAACUACCUGGAAAUAAUUCAAUUUUGACUUUUGACGAAGCUUUUGAAUGGAGCGUAAAUUUAUAUCAGAACCUAAUUCUCAAUAUCGAAAGCUGGAAUUCGGACAUGUUCACCUACAUCGAGCACAAAAUAAUGCAGAAGAACUUAUAUAAAUCUAUUGCCGUGAGUACUACAAGCGUGCGAACCGCGCUUAUGUGUAGAUUGAAGAAUCCCAGAGUGACUGUAGGUCUCAGUUGGAGUUCACGCGGAAAUUCCUUCGAGAACGGCGUUUCCAUUGGAUCGGCUGUUACUCAUUGGAUGUUUGUUACCCUUGACUCCAUCUUGUACUGGGGAAUGAAAUCAAUGAUUAUACCAAACUUCGUUGGGGUGGAUUUCAUGAUUAUUCCUAUAGCAGAUGCUGAUAUAACCAUGAUUCGCGAUCUCAAGGACCUAUCCAUCGAGGUUAUUAUAGAUGAUAUCCAAACUGUUGUUCAAUUCGAAUAUUUUUUUUCUCAAUUGAAAUGCCCCAUAAUUGCAAAACCAACUAAGCAAAUGCUGAAUUUGUUAUCGACGUUUAUCUAUCCUUAUCCCGGAAACAACACAAAGUCUCCAAUUGAAUAA